CAACUCCAGCAUAGUGUUCAAGAUGCAUUCUUGGUAGUUGAUCCGCAGUAAAUUGCUGUCUUCAUAGUUUGCAUCGCUUUGGACGAUGGUGUCGACUCGCCGCAGCGUCCAGCGUGCCGCGGAGGCCGGCGAAAACAAGGAAACCUCCCAAGCGGCAGGUACAAGCACAACUUUGAAGCGAGGCCGCACAGGAGCCCGGGCACGAGGUCGGCCGGCGGCGCAAGUGGACGAAGAACCGCAACUUGCUCCAGUCCAGGAAGCUGCUGCUCCGGCUGCUCAGAGCCAGCAGGUCGUGGAAGAUGUACAAGAAGCCCAGGUCAACCAGCAACCGGAGACAGAACCUGCAGCUGAGCCCGUUGCUGCUGGAGGUGAAGGACCAAGCGUCUCGAAAGCCGAAGCCAUACCAGGUGGUGGCCAGGACUCAGAGAGCAGCGGUGGAGAAGAUGAUGACAGUGGCAGUGAGGAAAGCAGCGACCGCUCCAGUAGCUCAGAUAGCGACGACGAUGACAUUUUAGGUCCCAACCUCAUGGGCCAAUUGGCAUCGUCCCUUCGGGCAGCCUUACAUGCCCGCGCCGGAGUUCGGGAUGUUUCGCCUUCACCUCCAGCAGAGCAGCUGCUCACCAGCGCUUCCGAACCAAAGCUUGGCCUCGGUAGCGAGCCGGAGGCGAUUCGGUGGCAGGCAGAGACGGAUCGCGUCAAAGCAGGUUCCAGUUCCCAGAAGCGGCUGGCGGCUGGGACAGUUGCGGAGAAGGAGAAGGGCCUCGCCAAACAGCUGCUUGCGCCACCCCGGAGUAAGGUGGCGGAGAAGGAGUCCGAGGCGGAUCGCAAGCGCUGGUUUGAGCUCCCUACGACGAAGAUCACGGAUGAGGUCAAGCAGGAGUUGCGGCUUCUUCGGCUGAGGGGCGCUUACGACCCCAAGCGCUUCUACAAGAGCUUCGACGAGACCAAGUUCCCAAAGCGCUUCCAGAUCGGCACGGUGGUGGACAACCCGCAGGACUUUUACAGCAGCCGCCUGACCGGCCGGGAGCGCGGCGCCAGCAUCACGCAGGAGCUGCUGGCCGACCCGGUGGUAACAGCGGUGCGGAAGAAGCGGUACGCCAAGCUGCAGCAGGAGGCCACCCGCUUCCAGAAGGUCAAGAAGCGGAAGACCGACCAAGUGCGCGCAAACCCCAAGCCCAAGCGCCCCAAGCACUAAGGGCAGUUUUGCGAGGGUGCUGGAGGGAGCUGGAGGGAGAAGCCACUAGGCGCUGUAGGCGCGUUGGGUGCUUGGCUUGGGCGGCAAGAUCGCCCAGGUUGUGUACAGUAGCGUAAAGCGAGGGGACGGAGUGUUGUAUAAGGAUACUGUGUGAUUUCAGUUCCGCAAAUUGUCGAUGUGCCAUAAGGCGCAAGGGAUGCAUGGGAUGUUUAGGUUGCUCGAUGUUGGAGUUUGUGCCUUGUUUGUUGUGCAAGGCCGUUCUCCGUCCUGGCCGUGCCGGGAAACUUGACUUGACGCUGGAUCAGCAAGGCAUAGCUGAUCUUCCUUGCCAGCUUAGUGAUUCGCAGCCCAAGUCGCUCAAGCGUGCUGACACCUUCGCGCAGCUUCCUUGUCGUAGCAGGGACUACGGAACAACGGAAUACGUAGCAGGGACUACGACAACGGAAAACGAUACGCAAAGCAGCGAUAUUUAGCAGGCGACGCUGCACAGAUGUUGUGACUAUGCUAGUUCAGGCGGCCGACUAUGAAUCCUGGCAAAAGUCGCCAGAAGAAGGCCAUUAUUUGUACUGCAUUGUUCCUUU